GCUGCCGGACUGAGGCAUGCCUGUGUCGGGAUUAUUGUUUUUUUUUUUUUUUACCGCAUUCAACAGUGUUUUGAAAGCGUGAGGCUGUGACAGCGGAGGGGCUGGCGGCGCAACAAAAAAAAAAAUAACGAAGGGGAGAUAUCCACCAAACUAAUGCCGCUCAUCCUCCCAAGAAUGCGGGGGUAAUUGAAGGCAUUGAACUGAGGGAUCACGAUCCCUAAUGUGAGAUCUCGACAGUGGGGUUUUCAACGAUGCCGACUUGGACACUUUUGCCGUGGAGCUGCGCGCUUUCAGAGUGACAUUGACAGCAGGAUGGGAACGUAUUUUUUUUGUUGCGCCUCUGGAGGGGACAUAUCCUAACAAAUCGACAGCUAUAAAAGUGUGAUUAAAAGCAAAAGAAACCUCGACCUCGAAACGUGGAUUGAUUAUUUUCUUCUUCUCCCCCCUCGUGCUCUCUCUUCUCAGCAUUCCCUCAGUCUGACUGGAUUUUUUUUUUUUUUUUUUUUGCCGUAACAGCUCAGUAGAGGGUGUCAGAUUAUUCUUAGAGCACCGCGCUAGGAUGAACACUGUCUGCGCGUUCCUCCUUUUGUGAUCCUCCCGAUUUUGCAAACCCAAAAAAAAAAAAGAACCCCCCCCCCCAAAAAAAAAAAAAAACACACACACGCACACACAAGAAGAAAAAGAAAGAAAAAAAAAAACCGCGCCGAAGGAUGUGAGAGGGGGAUGCGGGUGUUUUGGAUACAGCUCCAGCAAGCAGCGCGGGGUGUGAAUUCAGCACCGCGGGAAGAGGGGACAGCUCCCCGACCGCCGCAACACAGCAGCAGUAGCGUCUGGAGGGAGGAACAAAAAAAAAAAAAAGAAAAGGGGCACGGAUUUGUUACAUUUGUUUCCCCCCCACAAGCCAAGGUCAGUCUUUGACGAUUUGAAAGAAAGAAGAGAGAAAAAAAAAAAAGCCUUAAAGAUGUGUCGGACUCUACUGCCGCUUGCUGUGUUGCAGCUUGAUUUUCAUCAUAAACACGCGGAGGCUGCGCGGAUUCAGUCGACGUGAAAGAGACGUUUUUUUUUUUUUUUUAUGUGGUGGUUUUUUGCAACUGGAAGAGUGGACACAAGUGCAGGUUAGAUGCAGCAUGGAUGUGAUGUAAAAGGCUUCACGCUCUCCCUAAAUGUCGCUAAAUAUACCCCUCUGUGUUCCUCGCAUUGAUGCAGACUCAGUUCGCAGCUCGCACGUCUCGAAACCGGGGAUGAAUUAUUCACGUUAGAAAAAAUGCUGCUCUGGAUUAUCCUGCUGAAUGCGGCUCUUUGUGUUGCGAGUGGGAACGUUACGAGGGACGUCUGCAAGGAGCAGAUAUGCUCGUGCAACGACGUGGAGGGGGACCUGCACAUCGACUGCGAGAAGCGGAGCUUCACCACGCUGCGGCACUUGACCGGCCCCAGCUCGCAGUUCUACCACCUGCUCUUGCACGGGAACUCUCUCUCGCGGCUCUUCCCCAACGAGUUCGCCAACUUUUACAACGCCGUGAGCCUGCACCUGGAGAACAACGGGCUCCACGACAUCGUGCCCGGCGCCUUCCUGGGGCUGCAGCUGGUGAAGCGGCUGCACAUCAACAACAAUAAGAUACGCUCAUUCAGGAAGAGUACGUUUCUGGGGUUGGACGACUUGGAGUAUCUCCAGGCUGAUUUUAAUCUACUGAGGGAUAUUGACCCCGCCGUUUUCAGGGACCUAAAUAAACUUGAAGUGUUGAUACUUAACGACAACCUCAUCAGCGCGCUACCUAUCAACGUGUUUCAACAUGUGCCCAUUACGCACCUCGACCUGCGCGGGAACCGAAUCAAAACGGUGCCUUAUGAGGGGGUCCUCGAGCAGAUACCGGGCAUCGCGGAGGUCCUGCUGGAGGACAACCCGUGGGACUGCAACUGCGACCUGGUGUCCCUGAAGGAGUGGCUGGAGAACAUUCCGCACAACGCGCUCAUCGGGAGGGUGGUGUGCGAGGCGCCCACCAGGCUGCAGGGCAGCGACCUGAACGAGACGUCCGAGGUGGACCUGUGCCCCUCGCUGAGCGGCGGCGUGGACACCAGCCUGGUGGCCCCGCCCACCCAGGAGGAGACCUCCGCCCCCGUGGCCCACGCGCCUGGGCCCACGCCUUACAAGCCAGCCGGCGGAGACGCCGGCGGGCCCCCGACGCCCGGUGGCCGCGGCGCCAAGGGCCGCUCCAAGUCUCGCGAGAACUGGCAGCUGAAAACCAAGCCCACUCCCGUGUUGACAGGUGUGAACGGGGACAGGGAGCAGCUGCACAACGUGACGUGCCCGCAGCCGUGCAACUGCAAGCUAGUGGGCUCCAGGCAGGGGCUGGGGGUCAACUGCGAGGGCAAGAAGAUCGAGAACUUAUCGAACCUCAAGCCGAGGCCCCUGGCGGCCCACGAGUUGAACAUGCGAGACAACAACAUCCACGCGGUGAAAAAGAACCAGCUGCUCGGCUACUCCAGCCUCAACCUGCUCGACCUGGGGGGGAACAACAUCAAGAUGAUUGACAACGGCACGUUCCAGAACCAGAGCGAGCUCAGGUGGCUGUACAUGGAUAAGAACUACCUGGAUACGCUGAUCGCGGAGAUGUUCGUGGGCCUCGUGAAUCUGGAAUAUCUCAGUUUGGAAUAUAACGACAUCCAGAUGAUAGUGGCGGGUGCGUUCAGCCCCAUGCCAAGCUUGAGGGUUCUCUUCCUCAACAACAACCUGCUGAAAUCUUUACCUGUGGAUGCUUUCCUUGGGAUUUCUUUGUCCAAAAUUAGCCUGCAUAAUAAUUAUUUCCCCUACCUCCCCGUGGCUGGCGUGUUGGACCAGCUCAAUUCAAUCAUACAGAUCGACCUGCACGGGAACCCGUGGGAUUGCUCGUGCCACAUCGUGCCCUUCAAGCAGUGGACGGAGAAGCUGGGGGCCGACGUGAUCGUGAGCGACCUCAAGUGCGAGUCCCCGGAGGAGUUCUGGAAGCGCGACUUCCGCUACGUGCGCAACGACCUCAUGUGCCCCAAGCUCUACGACAAGGUCUCCCCGACGCCCCUGUCCAAAAACAGCACUUUCGCCCUGGACUCGGGCACGCGCGCGAACUCGUACCUGGAGCCGAACCGGGUCUCCAUCUCCGUGCUCGUGCCCGGGCUGCUGCUGGUGUUCGUCACGUCCGCGUUCACCGUCGUGGGCAUGCUCGUGUUCAUCCUGAGGAACCGGAAGCGGUCGAAGCGGAGGGACGGGAACUCCUCGGCGUCGGAGAUCAACUCCCUGCAGACAGUGUGCGACUCGUCGUACUGGCACAGCGGGCCUUACAACGCGGACGGGAGCGCGCACCGGGGCUUUGACUGCAGCACGCACCUCUCCACGACUAAUGACGCGUAAAAGGGGAAAAAAAGAGACUCUGCUUUAGUACAAUAUGCCUCCACGAGACUGGAUUACAAACAGACACACAGACAGACUGACUAAAUGACUCAAAAACGGAAAGAAUCAUCCGCUUUUUGGGGCGAACACAGACUUGUUUAUGUCUUGUUUUUCGCCAAGUUGAACCAAGUAAGUCAGUCUGCUGCUGCUGCUGCUGCUGCGCACAGGCCCCACUCUGUAAUAUAUGUAUAUGCCAAGCCCCCCCCUGGCUUAAAAAAAACCUCUCCCUCCUCCUCCUCCUCCUCCUCCUCCUCCCAGUUCUGCUAUUUGCCGCAAUCGGACUACGGAUCUGUGCGAGACAGAAAAAGAGGGAGCGAUGGGGGGAGAAGGCGUGUGUGUGAGAAAGCGAGAGAGAGAGAGAGAGAGAGAGAGAGGACCCGGGGAAUGGUGCACGAACGCAUGAAUGUAAAUGUAAAUACUCGGACCGAUGUAUCAUAAUCUGCAUGAUGAUAUUUCGCAUGGUUUCAACACACACAAACACACACACAAGGACGGCGAGGAACCAUAAUCCACCAACAAAGAAGCAAAACUCGACCCCCCCCCCUUUUUUUUCCAUGUUAUAUCAAUAUGACGACGAUAUAUAGAUAUUAAGAAUUAUAUAUGACUAUUUACAAAAAGUGCCAUUUCUCUAUUUUUUUUUGUGAACCUGCAGUUUAGGAUUUUGUAUUUGUUGUUUUUCAAAAGUUGUCCGGAGGGAG